AUGUCUUCAACAAGGGCCUCCUCUCCCAUGAGCGAGUCGGGCGCGACCUCGCCGGCUCCGUUGACGCCUAAUUCGAAAGUUAAAGCAUUGAUGGCUACCUUCGACGACGACGACUCCUCCGACGAUGGGAUCUUACCUGCUGGACCUGCGAGAGCAAGAGUAGUGUCCGCGUUGACCAGGAGAUCGCCUGCGAAAGACAGUACAUCUACCGAGUCAAGGCCGUCCGAACACCCUACAGGAAAUUUCAUGCAAGAGAGUGUAGAGAGUGCUUCCGAGGAAGACGAGGAGGAUAUUGUACGACCAAAGGGACGGAUGGCUGCUAGGAUGCAAGCAAAUAGUGACAGUUCUGAGGAGGAUGGCGAACCAAGUGCUGGGAACGCCAGGGAGAGAGUAAGGAAGAUGCUCAUGUCGAAGAACAAAUCAUCAUCACCGAAACCAACUACACACACCGAAGAGGCAGACGCCAGCAGUGAAAACGAUUCACCGGUCCCACGGAAACGAAAACUACGCGUCGCGCGUGCUGAGUCGAGCCCUGCCAGGAGAUCCGCGUCUCCAGGUCUGUUUGUCUCCCCCACGAAGUCUACAACGUCUGAUGUAGAGGCUGCUGGAUCCGCCUCCGAUGCCGACUUGCCAGACACCGGAAAUGCUCGGUUCCAAGCCCUUGUUGCGAAGAAGAGAGAGGAACGUCAGGCCAAGGAUGCAGAGGCUGCGAGGGAGACAGCGAAGAAGGCCGAGGCGCGGAGGAAGCUUGCAGCAACACUCGAAGAUGACGACUCGGAGGAUAGCGAGGGAGAUAGACGUCUAAUGCAAUCGUCACGACCAGCCCGCAAAGCCAGCAAGAAGGCACUAGAGGAGAUGCACAGAGAGACACAGCGACUGAGCCGGAACAUGCAAUUGGCACACAAAGCCACGACGAAGAAAAAAUUCACCAAAGCUGAUUUCUUCGCAAAGUUUAAUCGAAGCGAUCACAAGGAAGUGACCCCGGAGCCCCCUCGUCCAACGAGCUCGAGCUCUGCUGCACCACCUUCGGAUCUUGAGCAUAAGGAUACACCGCCCACUUCACCCGUAACCCAUGCUACCGAUAGCAAGGAGGCCCAGUUACUUGCCAGUCAUCCAACGCUUGAAGAUGCCAUUGAUGGUCCAGACGAAGAGCUACAAAAUCUCGAUGAGGCGAUGAGAAUCCCAUCCUUCCCACCGACAAGACUGAAUAAAGGCAAAGGAAAAGUGAUCGAGAAACCCACCCUGGAACCCGAGGCGAAAGUCGCAGUAGUUAAGAAACCCUUGUUUACUCAGAGACCCGUCCGUGUUCGAGUAGCAAAGGUAGCCGACCGGAGAACGUCCCUAUUCGAGGAGUCCGACAGCGACCUCGAGAUUAUCUCUGCAAAGGCAAUUGGUCGGAAGCAGCAAGAUAUCGACUCCAUAUUUGAUCGCGUACCAGCCAAGCUUGCAAGGGAGUCUCACUCUAUCCAUACCCUACGGAUGUUGGCAGGAGUUACAUCACCUGGCAAGCAACAAAACCCGGAACGCAAGUUUGGCCGCAAUGCGAAACCUUCAUUGACAAACUCGGAACUCCAGAUGUCGCUUCAACAACGCGCGAGACAGCAAGCCACUAGGGAGAGAGAGGAGCGUAUACAAGCUUUGAGAGACAAAGGUGUUGUUGUACAAACUGCGGAAGAAAGAGAAAAGGAGCUGGCCGAGGUCGAGGACAUAGUUGCAAGAGCGCGUCGUGAUGACGAGGCACUUGCAAAGCGUGAGAAAGCACUAGCCAAAAAAGAGCGAAAGGAGAGAGGCGAAGCGGACCCACUGGGAGACGAUAGUAGUGAUGACGAGGAUUACAAAGACUCUGAAGGGGUACCCGACGAAGAAGCUUCCGCAUCUGGUUCUGAAGAAGAGGACGAGAGAGAUGAAGAGUCAGUUGAUGGAAGUGGUGAGGAAGCGGAGGAUGAGAGGGAAGCUGAUGGCCAUGAACCUGAGGCUGCUGUGGCCAACUCGAUGUUCGACGGCGAAGCCGCUGAAUCUGCUGACGAGUGGGCCGAAGAUGAGGUCGAUUUAUCAAUUCAUGAAGACAUGGCCGACGAGGACGAAGAGGAGGAACUUGCCACGAGGCAGAAGACCCGAAGAUUCAGGAACGCCAUCGUAAUUUCAGACGACGAAGAUGACGACGAGCAGGAGAUGCAAGAGCACCCACCUGCUUUACCACAAGUCUCGCCACCAUCACUAGGUACCAAGUCGCCGAUGAUACCGACCUCCGUUCUUCGCUCAGCAACGAAAACUUUCAUUCCGGGAGUCACUGUAGCUGGACCCGCUGGUCUUGGGCUGACACAGAUCUUUGCCGGCACCAUGGAUGACAGCCAGGCAUUCGGAGCUUCUGCGACUUUCACUGAAUCCGAGUCGCAGGAAGUUGAGUUCAAUCAAAACAAGAUGGACUUCUUGCGACGUCUCAAGGCUCCAGAGCUCCCGCCUUUCGUUCCAACACUAGAAGAGGACACCCAGGAUGCCGAAAUUUUCACUCAAACUCAGCUCACAUAUGUUCCCAACUCGCAACCUGUUGAGACAGAAACUCAAGGUGGUGAGACUCAAAUUCGGCUGGACUUUUCUCAAUCGCAGAUCCACGAAUUCGACAGUGUCGUCCAUGGUACCCAAGUGUCGCAAUUCGCCCCCACCCAAGAUGUUGGUUACCAGCACCUGACCCCUAUAAAGGGUAGGUUCGUUGAUGGUCCACCGUCUACAGCUGAUACUUUUGUUCUUGAGCCGAUAGGUGUGCCUGCGACUAUUGAAAAGACACCUAUUGUGAAGAAAAAGGGAAAGCUACGUCAGAGGGCGCAAGUUGCAAAGUUCUCCGAUGAUGAUAUUUCCGAUGGGCCCGUCGAGGAGGAUACGGAGGGGGAGGACUUUGGCAUCACCGCAGACGCGUUUGAUGUUAUGCGUAAAGCUACCAAGAAGGCGGCGAAAAAGGUUGCAGUCGAUGAAUUCGAUAAAAAGAAGAGCAAAGCAAAAGAAAUGGUCCACGAGCAGGCUGACGAAUCCGAGGACGAAUAUGCGGGACUCGGAGGUGCAAGCGAUGACGAGAGCGAUGGAGAGGCGGAUGAGUUUGUGAAAGAAUUGAUCGAUGACGAGGGAGGAAAGAGUUUUGACGAGAGGAAGCUUGCUGCGUUCUUUGCUGAUCGCGAGCGAGCAAGCGAUGAGAAGCAAAUCGAGAAACUCUACAAAGACAUCACAAACGGUAUGCUGCGGCGCAAGCGAGGAGCCGACUACGAUCUUUCUGAUUCCGACGACGGCGGAGAAGCAAAGCAGCGCAGAAAGCGUAGGCAAUUCGCCAAAAUGCGCAAAGCUCUGCUCGCUGAUGAGCGUAUUGGCAAGAUCGCUGAAAACCCAAAACGACAAGCUUUCUUACGUGCCAUUGAGGACCGCGGAAGCGAUGACGAACUAGGCUUCCUCGAUGACUUUGUCGAGCAAGAAGAGGAAACCGAUUCCCAAUCCCAGUCCCAAAGCGAAAGCACACCAGCAGAAGCUGUACCCAUGGGACCGCACAAACGCAAACAUGACGCCAAAUCAUCAGAACUACCAACUAGAGCCCCACCCCAUCUCCGCCGCACCAAACCCGCCAAAAGGCCCUCCAACCUCUCCGAAAUCCGCGAAUCACUUUCUAGCCUUAUCGAGGAACCCAACGCCCUUCUCGCGCCAUCGGACUCCGGCUCGGAAUCCGAAGGAGAGCUUCAAUUUGAAGAAGGCGACGACGACCUCAGCGGCCCUCGCAAGGAGAAGAAAGAAAAGGGGAACAGAGAUCCGUUUGCCUUGCGCCGUUCCAGCACCGCCGUUGUGGACCGCAUCUCGCUUAAGCGGCAGUCGUCGAGCACGGUGUCCAAUAGCGCCAAGUUAGCUUUCUCCGUCAGCUCGACAACGCAAGGCUUUAAAGUCCCGGCUCUAUUGAGACGUGCGACGACGAAUAACAGCAUGGCUAGUUCUUCGAGCUCGAGUGUAAGCAAUAAUUUCACGUCGGGAACGGAACGCAUGGCAGGGGGCAUGAGCGGCGAGGGCGUUAGGAGGGGCGGUGGCAGGAACAGCGGUGUUAAUUUUGCGGCUCGAGAGUUGGAGCGCAGAGCUGCGGUCGUGAAGACCGAUAAGAGGCGGGAGGAGAGGCUGGUAGGGAGGGCGGAAAAGAGGCGGAAGGUUGUGGGUGGAUUGUUCGGUGGUGGGAAGUUUGAGUAG